AUGGCGGCCGCCUCUGUCCUCACCCAACAUGGCGGCGCCCUCACAGCACCCGCCCCCUUCACCGUUGAAAGUCUGGGUUGCUUCUGGGUUCCUAUGGAAGGAUGUGAGCCUUACACAGUCGAUGAAAUAGAAUAUAAAAACCUGACUGCUGCAAUGAAUCAGCUCUACCACACACCUUACAAAGAUGUGGAUGAGGUAAAACCAGUCACGGUAGAAGAAGGACAGUGGGACACGGCGGAAGACGGGCGAAGGUUCAACUUCAAGGUGACGUCGUGGAACGUGGCCGGUCUCAGGGCCUGGGUGAAGAAAGGAGGCCUGGAGUGGGUCCAGGCCGAUGCCCCCGACGUCCUUUGCCCCCAGGAGACCAAAUGUGGGGCCGAGUCGGUGCCAGAGGAGCUACGGAGCCUCGGGGCCUUCCCUCACCAGCACAGCCCCAGCGACCGGCCCAGCUACAGCGGCGUGGGGCUGCUCAGCAGGACCAAACCCCUGGCUGUCACCUAUGGCAUGGGUGACCCCGAGCUGGAUGCCGAGGGCCACGUGCUGACGGCCGAGUUCCCUGCCCUGCGCGUCGUUUGCAUCUACGUGCCCAACUCCGGGCGAGGCCUGGGCCGCCUGAGCUUCCGGCAGGCCUGGGACGAGCGCUUCCGCUCCUUCGUGUCCCAGCUGGACCGGUCCAAACCGGUCGCCAUCUGCGGCGACCUCAACGUCGCCCACCAGUCCUUGGACCUGAGGAACCCGUCGGGGAACAAGAGGAGCCCCGGGUUCACGCGGGAGGAGAGGGAGGCGUUCGGGGAGCUGCUGGGGGCGGGCUUCCUCGACAGCUUCCGGGUGUUUAACCCCUUGCUGCCCAACGCCUUCACCUUCUGGACCUACCUGAGCGGGGCCAGGGCCAGGAACAUGGGCUGGAGGCUGGAUUACUGCCUGUGGUCCCAGAGGGGCAGGAAGGAUCUGUGCGACAGCAGGAUCGAGCAGCGGGCCCAGGGCAGCGACCACUGUCCCGUGGGGAUCUACCUGGCGCUGGAGGGGGCAGGCUGA